UAAAAUCAAUAAUUUAUUUUAUCGGUUCCAAAAUAGUUUUAAUGAUUCCAAAGCAUCGACAAACGCAAAGCAAAUACUCCUUCCCGUCGACGUUUCCGUUCCCAUUCCCAUUUCCGUUCAACCAACGAUCAAAUCCAAUUAUUUACCGAUCGUUAACACACUAUCACAGCAGUGAGCAUUGAUUGACAGGAGUCGAGUAGAUGGCAACAACAUCUAAAUGGAGAAGACGACGUGGCGGUGGCGCACAGUCGCUCGAUCGAAAUCUGAGUCGGAGAAUCAGAGGAAUCCUGUCCAGGAGGUUUAUCUUCAGAUCCGUUCUCGUAAUUCUCGCAGUCAUCGCCAUCCUCCCCCCUGUUUAUUUCCACUUCAAACUUCGACGUAUCCAUCAGACACAGUUAAAAAAGUGCAGUUGGUUAAAUAACCCUCCCCUUGUGUGUGCUCAUGGUGGUGAUUCCUCAAAGGCCUUUCCUAAUACAAUGGAUGCUUAUCGUAUUGCUAUUCGUUCUCAAGUAGACUGCAUUGAGAUUGAUGUUUCUCGUUCUGAUGAUGGGGUUUUAUUUGCUCUUCAUGAUAGGCAGGGAUUUGCAGCGAAUUUCUGGGAACACUUCAUCCAUGGUUGGACACCUGAGUGCAAAGGAGAUAAAAGAGUUGGGUGCCACUCAUGUGGCUUCUCAUGACACAACCAUCCCUACAAUGGAAGAUGCACUAAAGUUUAUAUCAAGUUCUGUUGAGAAGGUGGUUGUUGAUGCCAAAGUUGGGCCUCCAUCAUAUGAGAAGGGGCUUGCAGCCGAUAUACUUUCUGUUCUGAAGAGCACACAAUGUAAGAACUGCGUUGUAUGGGCAAAAAGCGACAAUUUAGUUAGAGAUGUAAAUAAACAGUCACAGGAUGUGCCAGUGGGGUACAUUGUUAUGAUGAACUUUUCUUCGGGAACAAGAACAAACUUAUUGAGGAUGAGAGAUGCUCAAGUUGUGGGCAUUUUCCAUGGUCUAGUUGAUGAGGCAGUUGUUAAAAUCCUGCACAGGAGGAAUAAGAAAGUUUAUGCAUGGACUGUUGAUGAUGAAGCAGCAAUGCAUAAAAUGUUAAAUGAAAAUGUUGAUGCCAUAAUCACGAGUCAUCCAACAUUGCUUCAAACUUCCAUGCGCGAUAUAAGAAAAAAAUGCCUUAUUGAUGGUUAUUCUUUGGGAUCAUGAGUAUUAAACUAGAUACUUGCAUAUUACCACUUAGUUGUUAAUAAUCAGGAUAUCUUGAUCGCGUAUUUGUUACUAGUAUUUUUUAGGCAAAGAAAGUGGAGCCUUGUUGUCUUGAUUGAAUUGAUACGAAAUUAAAUUGUUAUUUUUUAUUAUCCAGGUUAGUUACAUUUAAAAGACACGGUAAAUUUUGUCCUGAUAUAAACUUUUAGUAAAC